GCAGCCGCGGCGGCGGCGGCGGCGGCGGCGGCCGAGGAGGCGGCCAUGCAGCGCGAGCUGCUCCCUCCCGCGGGCCGCCGGCCGGACGUGCUCUUCAAGGCGCCGGAGCCGGUGUGCGCCGCGCCCGGGCCGCCACACGGCCCCGCGGGCGCCGCCUCCAACUUCUACAGCGCCGUGGGCCGAAACGGCAUCCUGCCUCAGGGUUUCGAUCAGUUCUACGAGGCUGCGCCCGGGCCCCCAUUCGCCGGGCCGCAGCCCCCUCCACCUCCUGCGCCGCCGCAGCCCGAGGGCGCCGCCGACAAGGGCGACCCCAAGACGGGGGCCGGUGGCGGCGGGGGAAGUCCCUGCGCCAAGGCGACCCCCGGCUCGGAGCCCAAGGGGGCGGCAGAAGGCGGCGGCGGCGAUGGCGAGGGGCCCCCGGGGGAGGCGGGGGCUGAGAAGAGUGGCGGCACAGUGGCCCCCCAGCGGUCCCGGAAAAAGCGCUGUCCCUACACCAAGUACCAGAUCCGCGAACUGGAACGCGAGUUUUUCUUUAACGUGUACAUAAACAAAGAGAAAAGACUCCAACUCUCUCGGAUGCUCAACCUCACUGACCGGCAAGUCAAAAUCUGGUUCCAGAAUCGCAGAAUGAAAGAAAAGAAACUGAACAGAGACCGUCUGCAGUAUUUCACUGGAAACCCCUUAUUUUGA